AUGCUCAAGUACCCUAUAUUGGCACCUUCUACUGGUUUCUCCAGGUUUGGUACCCACGAUGGGCAUCCUUCAGGACGCGUCGCUAUGCCGCAGUUAUUGAUCAUGUUCAAUUUCUGCUGCUCGGCGUUGGGAGCAACCCCUCGGGAGGACCAGAGUUUCGACUCGUGGCAGGACUUUCUCUACUAUGAGCGUAAGCGACGGCAAGCCGAAGCUUCUGGCGAGAAAGUCUAUGCGGGGAUUGAUGGCAUAAUUGUCUGCACCCAAGAGCAAACUCACAAAGAGAUUCUGCAAGCGUUCGGACCACUCAAACUUCAUGUCUUGAGCGAGAAGCCGAUUGCAACAUCUCUACAGGACUGCCAGGACAUAUACGUCAGCCUCGGUGGAGCAAACCCUGAAACGGUUUUCUCAACCGGUCAUGUCCUACGAUAUAGCCCUCACAACAUGCUUUUGAGGAAACUCCUUUUAGAAGACAGGGUGAUCGGAGAGGUCAUAUCUGUGGAGCAUACGGAGCCAGUUGGCUGGUUCCAUUUCUCACACUCGUACCGAAAAGAAUCAGUUGCGGCGCCAACACUCCUUUGUAAGGCUUGCCAUGAUAUCGACUUUUUACUGUGGCUGCUCAGCUACAGAACGGAUUCUGGUCGACCAGCCCAUAUGCCCAGCCUGAUUACCUCAGUUGGCAACCUAUCGCUCUUUACCGAGCGUCGGAAACCCAAGGCAGCGGGAAAAGCAACACACUGCUUCUCUUGUCCUCACGAACAGUGCUGCGAUUGGAGUGCUAAGAAGCUGUACCUCAAAAAGCUCUAUGACAAGGGAGAACGAGAUUGGCCUAUUUGUGUCGUCGUCCCUGACAUAGAAGAUAUAACAGCUACAUCGGGGACAGAUCAUGGGCGUGCCGUCUUGGAAGAGGUUCUCUCUGCAGACUACGACGCCUCUACACCAGGAGACAUCAUCGAGUCUAAUCAGUGGUAUGGUCGUUGUAUCUGGGAGUCAGAUAAUGAUGUCCUUGACGAUCAAGUUGUCACCCUGACCUGGGAAGACGACUCAGGUGCUGUGAGCAACGAGGAAUUCCCCGACCGCGGUCCUAAGACGGCAAUCUUCCAUAUGGCGGCAUUCACCGAAGUCCAGUCCAAGCGGCGAGGCAAGAUCUCGGGCACCCAUGGAGAGAUACAGUACGACAGUAACGAGAUCCGAGUCUACACUUUUGAUAGAUUUCGGGACCCGGGGGCAGCCGAAGUCUUCAUCCCGCCAACAGCUGGCGGCCAUGAAGGUGGCGAUGGCGGUCUUAUGAACAACUUCUCUCGGGCUGUGGAGGCUGUCGUCAAUGGUGAACUCAGCGUGGAGCAGGCGCAAGCGAGACAUGUUGGCUGUACGUUGAAGGAAGCAUUCAUAAGCCAUGCCAUGGUCUUUGCUGCGGAAGAAGCUUGA